UGGAUACCGUUUAAAGAAGUCGUCGAGAGGGAGCGUGAUUUUUUCGAAAAAUCGUUGAUUGGAACAACCUUUCAUUCGGUUUAGUUUGUUUUAAUAUAAAAGAUUUUUUAUAUUAUUUCUAACAACAACAUGAAGAUAAUUCAUAUCCUAAUUGGAGCCUUGCUCCUCUCUGGGGUAUGGGGCUUUCCACGUCCAGACGAUUCAGAUGAAGAUGACUCAGUAGGAGAUGAUGACAGUGGUGACGUGGACGCAAGAGCCAUUCCCGGUGUGGCAAGAACGCUUAUCCCGACGGAAGAACUUGACUUGCAAUUGGAGCAAGGCGAGGCUUUGAAUAUUCAGCCCGAAGAUAUUGCGGAUAUUAAUAUGGAAGCAAUGAAAAUCGCAGAAGAAAACAUUUUCAAUAAUUUGCGCGCUCUUCGCUCAACAAACGACGACGUUGGAGAAGGUGAUACUGGAGACGACAUUGGAGAAGGUGAUACUGGAGACGACACUGACGAUAAUAUUGACGAUAAUAUUGACGACGACAAAGAUAAAGAUAAAGAUACUUUAGUUACUGACUUCUUAGAUGAUAACGACGACCAGUUUGAAGAUACAAACAAAAGCCAGAAUGAUGAUACAAACAAAAGCCAGAAUGAUGAUGAAAAUGAAGACCUAGGUGAUGACCCUAAUGAUAAUGCCAACCCUGAUCGUAGUGGCGAACAACAAGCCGAGGACCAAGAUGAUCUCGAUGAUGAUCUAUUUGGGGCUGACCAAAUUGAUGAUGCUCUAGACAAUACUAGCAAAUCAGCGGAGGCUCAUGAUACUGAUUUGGAAUUAGAUAAACCUCUUCUGGAAGACCUAGACGAUUUAGGUGAUUUAGACUGUGAACCUAGUCAUUCUUCCGUCGAAGCCGCCGAUGAUAAAGUCGCGGAUUCAUCGAAAGAGGAGGCCGGAGAGGAUUUGAUCGACGACCCUAUAGAUGAUGAUGACUUGGACCUGGGGUUAACUGAUGGUAAUGAGUCAGAAGAAAUCGUUGACGAACCUAAAAAUUCUCGUGAAGAACCUUCGAAUACAGGCAACUCGAAGGAAACCACAGGUGAUUUGGAAGAAGAUAAAUCGCCAGAGAAGGAGCAUGAUAAUGAUUUAGAUACAUUAACUGACGAUAAAAAAUCCGAAGAAGAGGAAGAAUCUGAGAAAGACAAAGGCAAUUCAUCCCCCACCGCAGUGUUAGCCUCUUUGCCUGAUGGUCAUGACGCAAAUGGUGACGCUUUGUUUGAAGCUGUUCCCCGGAUCCUUAGAGCUAAGGCCCUAACAGAAGCAGAUUUGGAAGAAGAAAACGUGGAGGACCUAAUAGAGGAUUUGGUAAAAUCUAUGCUAAGCGGAAAGAGCAAAAGCAAUUCUAGAAAAAAACGUGAAAUCAGCGAAAAUAAAAAAGUUGAGUCAAUCUUGAGAUUAUUCAACGACCUAAACCAAUCAACGAUUGGAAAAUCUAGGCGGGUGGCGACUGAAAUUCAAAAGGAUAAAAUUAGAACCUUUCUGAAUACAUUGGACUGCGAUGACGAUAAAGAUGAUAAAAAGGACGACAAAGACGAUAAACCGGAAAAGGGUGAUGACGAUGGAAAGGACAAAGAUGAUGAUAAAGACGAUAAAAAGGAUAGUAAAGAGAAAGGUGAUGAUAAGGACAAGGAUAAGCCCGACUCAAAAGAAAAGCAUGACGACAAGGACGACAUAGACGAUGAUAAGCAUAAGCCUGGCAAGGGCGAUGAUAAGGAUGACGACGACAAAAAUGAUGAUAAAGACAAGGAUGAUGGGGAAAAGAAGGACAAAGAUGAUGACGAUAAAGACGACGAUAAAAAAGACAAAGACAAAGAUGACAGAGAAAAAGAAAAGGACAAAGAUGAUGACGACAAAGAUGACAAAAAAGGAGAUAAAGACGACAAAGAUGACGACAAAGACGAUAAGGAUAAAGACGAUGGAAAAGAUAAGGAUGAUCACAAAGACAAGGAUGGCGAUGAUGACAAAGAUGAUAAAAAGGAUCCAGAUGAUAAAAAGGACAAGGAUAAGCCCGACAAAGAUGAUGACGACGAUAAGAAAGACAAAAUCGAUCAGAUAGAUCAAGUUAAAGAUAAGGAUGACAACAAAGACAAAGAUGUUAAAGACAAGGAUGAUGAUGAUGACAAAAAGAAGGGCGAUAAAGAUAAGGAUGAUAAUAAAGGUAAAGACGACGAUGACGAUAAAAAGGACAAGAAAGAUAAAAAAGAUGAUGACGAUAAGAAGAAAAAGAAGAAUAAGAAACCAAAACAUAAGAGAGGCAAGAAGAAGGAUAAAGAUGGUAAAGGUGAUAAAAACAAACACAAAAAAUCAGGUAAAGGCAAAAGGCAUAAAGGUGGCAAAACGAAACCAACGAAAGAUGAAGUUGAAAUUAGAGAUGUAUUAGAACUCAUCAAUUUCAACUAUUAACAGAUGAAAGUCCUUCCAGUUGUAUCCAAACUUAUUUAAAUAUGAACGAUGAAAAUAAAAAGUUUUUAAUUGUUA